AUGUCCCAUACCGCGAUGUCUGCCCGCCUGGCCGGUAAAACGAUAUUGGUUACUGGUGCAUCAUCCGGGAUCGGUCGAUCAGUCGCUAUCGAGUUUUCUCGUACUUCUCCAGAUAUAAAACUUAUUUUGGCUGCUCGACGUGAAGAAAACCUAAAGGAACUUGCCAAGCUCCUCGAGAGUGAAAGCGGAGGGAAGACAAAAGUCCUACCUUUCAAGCUGGAUAUUUCUUCCUCGAGUGACGUGAACGGAUUUGUAGAUAGGCUCCCAGAGGAGUGGAGGGAUAUUGACAUUUUGGUGAAUAAUGCUGGGCUCGUGAAAGGCGUCGACAAGGUUGGGGAAAUCGCUGAAGAUGAUAUUAAUAUCAUGCUGUCAACCAAUGUGACCGGUCUCAUUAAUAUGACCCAAAAGAUUCUUCCCAUUUUUCAUACUCGUGGUGGACGCGGCGAUGUAAUCAAUGUUGGAUCUAUCGCUGGUAGAGAACCCUACGCAGGUGGGAGCAUCUACUGCGCGAGCAAAGCUGCCGUCCGUAGUUUUACGGACAGCCUUAGGAAGGAAUUGAUUGCUACCAGGAUCAGAGUGAUCGAGAUCGACCCGGGUCAAGUUGAGACAGAAUUUUCGGUCGUGAGAUUUAGAGGUGACAAAUCAAAAGCUGAUGCGGUUUAUGCUGGUUGUGAGCCACUCACACCAGAAGAUAUCGCAGAGAUUGUGGUAUUUGCUGCUGGACGGCGUGAGAAUGUCGUAUUGGCCGAUACUCUAGUAUUUCCAAGCCAUCAAGCAGGCGCAGGUGCUUUGUACAAGAAAACUGGCUAA